AUGGAUCACGAUAAUACAAGUAGUAGCAAUCGUACAAGAGAAUUCGUUCCAUAUGUGGAUAAUAAUCUUAAUUACGUUCAAAACCCGCCAUCAAUAAGUUCAACACGUAUUUAUUCAUCGCCAUUAAUGGGUAAAUCGGCUCGAGCAGCAAAACGACGGUUGGACGGUGAUGCUAGCGCUCGACCAACACGUAUCGAUGGCAUUGAUACGUAUAAUCCUUCGACACAAAGUUUCUAUCAAAAUGUUGAGAGUCAUAGUAAUGAAAAUCAAAGACCAUUAAGUUCAGUUUUAAAUGAGCCAGGAGAGCAAUCGUUUAAUGCCAAACGGGAUUUCUUCGAGCAACGCUUUAAACAGUCAGGACCAACUUAUGAUUCUCCGCCAUCCGAUCAACAACAAAAGUUGCCUCAAAAAAUCAUUACCACGAUUACCACGACAACAUCCACACCUACUCAAGCGGUUAAUCGAAAUAGUUUGCCUUCGAUGGAAUCAUCACCAACCGUUAAUGAUUUACUUGAACGAGCAAACGAACUACAAAAUCGAGAUAAUUCAAAUAAUUCUCAGCAAUCCCUUGUUAUCGAACGCACCGAACAAUGUCAAGUGUAUUUAGAUCGCACUAAUCGUGACUCACAUCAUCCUUCACCUGUUUCCGUUCGAAAAACACGUCAAGCUACCGAUCUUGAUCAAGCUCAGGCACAAGUCAGUCGUUUGACCGACGAUCAUCAAGCUAUUCAACAGCUAACUCGCGCUUUGCAAGAGCAUCAACCACCACCGGCAACAAAUCAAUCUCAAUGUUUAUCACCAUCAGGAAAACCUAUUCUAAUUAAUACCACGACGACGACAACAACAACAAUUCCAACAGACAUAAGUCUUACUGAUCGCACUAAGCAACCAGUUUCAAGUGAAUUCACUGUUAUUGACGCUUUACUUGAUAAUCCGAUCGGAACAACGAAUAGUAAACAAAACGAUACGUUACACGCACGCUUUAAUAAUAUCAUCUCGAAUUUACAAAAUACUGAUUACAUGAAUAUUCUACGACGAUCGUUGACACGGGACUCGAAAAAGAAAAAAUCUAAACAGCAAGGAAAUCAAUUAUCGCAUCCAAUCACGGACUCGACUUCGGAACAAAUGCCAUUAAUUGAUUCAAAACAAAAUAAAAAAAGCAAGAAGAAAAACAAAAACAAAUCACCCUCACACCCAUAUACAAAUUAUGAAGUUAUUGAUGCUAUCAUUAAUAGUCCAAUUAUUCUACGUCUUCCAGAACCGUUUUUAAGGAAAUACAAUGUUCGACCACCGGCAUCUCAAUUAUCUCCAACUCCACCAUUACCAACUAAGAAUAACAAGAUUUCCUAUCAUAAACAAGCCGAUAACAAGGCGAGAAAUGAAGCAGACUACAACCUUGUCAACGUUGUCAAUGAGCUUAUGGUGCAUCAUUCAAAUGCUCCAACUCCAUCGUUUCCAACCAAUCUCAGAAAUCCAAAUCGAUCGAAUUAUCAACAAUAUCCAAUACGCUUCACCAAUCAACCGGACACACCUGUCAAACCACGUAUUGUUUAUCGAUAUAUUGACGAACGAGGAAAUGUUUUGAAAUACUCCUCAGUUGCUCCUUCGCAACUACGCGAGGUCAUACCUAAUCAAUCGACACCAAGUCCUUAUCAUAAUGUUGAACCGAAAUAUUUCAAUAGCCGACAAAUCAUUCGAAACGAUCGACCUGAUCGACGAACAUGGCAAGAUCACACAGGCUAUUCACCUACAAAAAGAGAUGAAUUUCCUUAUCAAGAUAAACGACGAUCACAGUUGAGUGAGAAAUCUCUACCAGUUGCUCGAGCAGUACCAGUUACAGUCGAGCCCGAACACGCGGGACGACCAUCAUCUGCUCAACAUCGACGAGUAUAUCAUUUUCCCAAUCAGCAAGAUGUGAAACUGUCUUGGUUACCUUUGUCAACUUCGGCAGAUCAAACACAUAUUCUACGCGAUGGAGCUGACUAUGAUACUGAUUCAUCAACAAGUGAUCAUUCGAUUACAUAUCGUACUUAUGAUUACAAGUCAAAUAAUUCUCAUCGUAAUCGACCUUUAUUUCAACAUGAUUACUAUCAAAAUCGUUCACCGAGUUUGACCUAUAAUCAAUCUCCUACACGUUUUUCACAUGAACAUCGUAAUCGAUCACCAAAUUACAGUUCAAAUAGUAUAUCUCGUAAUUAUAUUGAAGUCUUUCGUGAUGGUGCAGUUAAUCCAAGUGAAAUCUAUUCUUUACCAUUGACUGAACCCAUUCAACGAACUCCCCGUCAUUCUCGUUACGAUAAACAUCAAGCUGAAAGAUCCCAUCGAAGACAUCAUACAUCAAAUUCCAAGUAUAAGAAAGCCAUUCCAUCAUCAUCAUCGCCUUCCAAUCACGAUUCGUACCAUUCUCAAACAACUCCCGAAAGUCCCAAUCAUGAAUCGACUCAUUACGAUACCUAUUUACCUCAAUCGAAAUCAUUCGACUAUCGCCCAUUGCGUACAAAACUUCAACGCGAAUAUAAAAUAACUCCCAGUUUACUAGUGGACGAAUGGGACCAUCCCGAUCAGACAAUGACAUCGCAAUCUUACAAAACAACAAGUGUUUCAUCACCAGAUGAUGUUUUCUUCAAAAAUGCUCGGACAUACAAGGCAUAA